AUGACCACCCCCUCCAUUCGCAAGCCCGCCCCCGCCUUCACCGCCAAGGCCCUCGUCGACGGCGAGUUCAAGCAGAUCUCCCUGUCCGACUACCUCGGCAAGUAUGUCGUCCUCUUCUUCUACCCCCUGGACUUCACCUUCGUCUGCCCCACCGAGAUCAUCGCCUUCUCCGACAACAUCCAGAAGUUCAAGGACAUCAACACCGAGGUGAUCGCCGUCUCCGUCGACUCCGUCUUCACCCACCUCGCCUGGACCAACACCCCCCGCAAGGCUGGUGGCAUCGGCCCGAUCUCCUACCCCAUGGUCUCCGACAUGAGCCGCGAGAUCGCCAAGGACUACGGUGUCCUCAUCCCCGAGGAGCACAUUGCCCUCCGUGGUCUGUUCAUCAUCGACGACAAGGGUAUCCUCCGCCAGGUGACCAUCAACGACAACGCCGUCGGCCGCUCCGUCGAGGAGGCCCUGCGCCUGGUCUCCGCCUUCCAGUUCCACGACAAGCACGGUGAGGUCUGCCCCGCCGGCUGGAACCCCGGCCAGGAUGGCCUCCCCACCAGCCAGGAUGGUGCCGCCGCCUACUUCGAGAAGCACAACUAA